AUGGCUUCACUGGAAGAGGUCCAAGAAACCGAUUCCAGUCCUGGAUCUGUUGAAAUUGUCUCUGCUAUAGAAGAUCAAUUGCCAGAGGUAGACCUCUGUGUUUACUACAAAAAAUUGUUCUGCAUACAGGAAGCAAAAGAAGAUUCCACUGAAAAUGAAAAUGGAGAGAUCCCAACACCUGAGUGCCAUUCUUUAGUUCCACUAAGGUUGCUUCCUGUUAUCCUUGCCUUAUUACUCACCGUGAUCAUAGCAGUUGCCAUUGGCCUGGGUUUAUAUUUCAACUGUACUGGAAGAUUUCGGUGCAGGUCAUCUUUUAAAUGUAUCGAUCUGUCAGCAAGAUGUGAUGGUGUCUUCAACUGUAAAGAUGGAGAGGAUGAAUAUCGAUGUGUGAGGCUGAGUGGCAAGAAGGCUGUGUUGCAGGUGUUUGCUUUUGGAAUGUGGAAGACAGUUUGUUCGGAUGACUGGAAAAGCAAAUAUGGGAGUAUUACAUGUAAAUACUUGGGUUUCUCAAGCUUUGUGAGUUCAGAUUACGUUCCUGUGACUGUCAUUGAAGAAGAGUUUCAAAGGUACUUUGUUACUGCAAAUCAUUGGCUAUCAGCUGAUCAGGCAACAUCUCCACAGAAUGCAACUUUCUUGAGAGAAGAGUGUGCCUCAGGAAAUGUGGUUGUCUUAAAAUGUUUGGAGUGUGGCACUAGGUCCAGGUAUUCCCCACGUAUAGUUGGUGGGAAUUCAUCCUGGCCUCACCAGUGGCCAUGGCAGGCCAGCCUUCAGUUUCAAGGAUAUCAUUUGUGUGGUGGAUCUGUCAUUACCUCAUGGUGGAUUGUCACAGCUGCUCACUGUGUUUAUGAUUUACAUUUCCCUAGUGCUUGGAGUGUGCAAGUUGGCUUUGUAACACUGGAAGAAAACUCUGUUAAUCCAUACUCUGUGGACAAAAUUAUAUAUCAUAGAAAUUAUAAACCCAAAACAAUGGGAAAUGAUAUUGCACUCAUUAAACUGGCCAAUCCACUUGUACUUAAUGGUUUUAUAGAGCCAAUUUGUCUUCCUAAUUUUGGAGAAUAUUUUCCAGAUGGGAAAAUGUGUUGGAUAUCAGGAUGGGGAGCAACAGAAGAAGGAGGUGACACUUCAGAAACCAUGAAUUAUGCUGGUGUCCCUUUGAUUUCUAACAAGGUGUGCAAUCACCGAGAGGUUUACGGAGGAAUUGUAACUUCUUCAAUGCUCUGUGCAGGUUUUUUAAAAGGUGGUGUAGAUUCCUGCCAGGGAGAUAGUGGAGGACCACUGGUAUGUGAAGUUACGCAUACUUGGAAGUUGGUAGGAACUACCAGUUUUGGGGUGGGCUGUGCAGAAGAAAACAAACCAGGGGUCUACAGUCGUACCACCUCAUUCCUUGACUGGAUACAUGAACAGAUGGAGAUCUUUGAACCUGACAACAUUUUCAAGCUAUAUGGCACCCUAUGA